UAUCAACCAACAGGCUACAGGCUGCCAGUUCUGUUCAAAGACAGGGCAAAGAUCCGAAACCCACUGGAGCCUCUCAGUGGAGGAGCUUGACGUCGCCUUACUGUAAAUAAUAUAUUUUUUGACGGAUAAUUCAGCUGCGACACCCGCAAACUAUGGCGGAGUGCGACUGGGACACCGUGACCGUGCUGAGGAAGAAGGGUCCGUCCUCAGCACAGGCUAAAUCCAAGCAGGCUGUUGCUGCUGCUCAGAGGCGUGGAGAAGAGGUGGAGACCACCAAGAAAUGGGCAGCAGGGCAGAACAAGCAGCACACAGUGACUAAGAACACAGCUAAACUGGACCGUGAGACGGAGGAGCUGCACCACCAGAGAGUGACACUGGAGGUGGCCAAGGUUAUCCAGAAAGGCCGCCAAGACAAGGGAAUGACCCAGAAGGACCUUGCCACUAAAAUUAAUGAGAAGCCUCAGAUCAUCGCUGACUACGAAAGUGGAAAAGCAAUCCCAAACAACCAGAUCAUGGGCAAGAUAGAGAGGGUCUUAGGACUGAAGCUGCGUGGGAAAGAAAUUGGACAGCCUUUUGAGCCCAAAUCCAAGAAGAAAUGAGGACAAAGCCUCGAAAUCAGCCCCUCCCUCCCCUGCUUGUCCCAGCUCCUUGUUAAACCACACACUAAAACUCAUUUAUGCUUCUUGCACAAGCUUGUGUGUGAAAAGAUACAUGAUCAUGACGACACAAAUGCAGACUAACAAAGCUGUGUUUAAUUGGUCUGGACUGGUUAGUGGUAGUCCUAUGUAGGACCAUGAGCAGUACAAACGAUAACAUUGUUUGUUGAAUGUACACUGCCCCCUAGUGUUUUGGAGUACAAAGAUGCACCACUCCCAUUAUCUGUAGCGUAAAUGCCUGAGGAUGGUGCUUUUUGCCAUUUAGUGGUGCAACAGGCAUAAAUUUGCCUUAACUGACUAAACCACCAACCCUUUAGACCCCUUUGACUGUCCUUUGCUCCAUUAUCCCUUUACCUGGGCUGAUCUCACUUAGGUUCCACUCUAGGACCUGGUGCUUCACUGCAUUCAGAAGCUGCAUUAUGAAAAUGUCAAUCAAAAGAUCUUUAAAAUAACAACGAAUGACUAUGUUGCAAGACUUAAUAAAUUCUAAGCGCUGUGAUGAUUUUGGUAAAUGAUUGUUUUGGCAUGAAACCUUUUUUCCCAUUGGAAGUUUGGAGACCAUACUUCUGAAUUUCUUCUUGCGUUGAUAUAAUAAAGUUAUUUAAAAGCAUCUCCAAGGCAGUUUUAGUGGGUUUGCCAUGUUUGCAGUUUAUAUUUUUGCGCAUAAGGGUUUCUAAGUAUGAAACAUUUCAGAAUAAGUUAUACCAACCCUCAAGAACAACAUAUGUAAAA